AUGAAGAAGUUCCUCUCGUUGCUUCUCCUCUGUCAUGUGGCAUCUCCAGUUAAACACUCCUUCAAGUUUUUUACAACUGGAUCUUCUGGAUUCCAAAAACUCCCAGAGUAUGUGGUUGUUGUAUUGGUUGAUGAACUACUGAUUGGUUACUGCGACAUGGAUAAGAAGAUAGCAGAACCAAAACAUGACUGGAUGAGAAAAGUAUUAGAAAGUGAUCCUCAGCAGUGGGAGUGGUACACUGCAGCAUGUCUUGAGGAGGGGGCUCACUUUUUCAAAACCUCGAUUGACCUUUUGAAGCAGCGCUUCAACCAAAGUGGAGGUGAUCACAUUUUACAGAGGAUGACUGGCUGUGAGUGGGAUGAUGAGACUGGAGAAGUUAAUGGUUUUAAUCAGUUUGGUUAUAACGGAGAAGACUUUUUAUCAUUGGACCUGAAGACAUUGACAUGGAUCGCUCCAAAACCACAGGCUGUCAUCAUCAAACAGAGAUGGGACGCUGACAAAGCUAGAUUGAAAGACAAUGAGUAUUACCUCACUCAGGUAUUCCCUGAAUGGCUGAAGAUGUAUCUGGACUAUGGCAAGAGCUCUCUGCUGAGAAAAGACCUUCCCUCAGUGUCUCUCCUCCAGAAGACUCCCUCCUCUCCAGUCAGCUGCCACGCUACAGGUUUCUACCCUGAGGCAGCCAUGAUGUUCUGGAGGAAAGAUGGAGAGGAGCUUCAUGAGGACGUGGAGCUGGGAGAGAUCCUCCCCAACCACGAUGGAUCCUUCCAGAUGAGUGUUGACCUGGACCUCUCAUCAGUCAAACCUGAAGACUGGACCAGGUACGAGUGUGUGUUUCAUCUCUCUGGUGUGAAGGACGACAUCGUCACCAGACUGGACAAAGCAGUGAUCAGGACCAACAGAGAGAAGCCCACUGACAUGACCGCCAUCAUCAUCGCUGCAGUCGUUGUUCUUGCUCUCAUCCUCAUCGCUGUGAUUGGAGUCCUGAUUUGCAGAAAGAAGAAAGCCGAAUGCGAGUCAUCCUGUGAAAACAACUCUGAGCUCUCUGAGAAACUGAAUUCUGGAAAAGAAAACCCUGAAGGCCAAACACACAACCCUGCACAAAGUGGGUUGCUUCAGGAGACGUGAACUUUUCACACCUGCUGCUCAACAAAGACGCCUUCAACAAUUGAAAAUAUGAUGCAAAGAAAAGACCAAAUGUCAAACCUUUUUUUAAAUGAGUGACAUUUUCCUGGUUAACAAAUUCAUCAGAUAUGGUUUAACACAAACUGGUGGUGAGUAUAAAUAUUAGACACAAGCCUGAAGUGGAAGGUGAGCUUCUCAAGGGUUUUAAUAUUUAUAAUGUUCCACUUAAACAUCUUAAAUCCAGAAACCCUGUGACACAACACUGGACAACAUGUGUUGUUGUUGUGUGAUGCUGGUGUCUCUCUGAGUCCUGUCAUGUCCCGUACAACACUUCUAAACUCUGUCAUGUUGUGGAGAAGAUCUCUGAUCUGGUUUACAAGGUUUUUUAUGGAGAAGAAGCUCUUUUUCUUUACUUUUAAUUUGGUGAACUGAAUUCUGUUCUUCACUUAAAAAGUCCACCAGUGUGUAAAUAAUCAUGUAAAGAUAUGGUGUGUGUAAAAUAUAAAGCUGUAAAAUAAAUAUUUUAUCUGGUUUUCUAAAAUGUUUUGUUUCAUUUCUUUUGAAUAACUUUUAUUCGUUCAUUGCUCUCAAAACGUAUUUUAUGGCUCAUUUUUAAUUGUCAGCUUUUAUCACGUGUCAAUAUAAUAUAAAGAUUAAAUUAAUUGUGUGAUCUG